AUGGCCGACAACUGGGACAGCGAGCCUACUAUUCGCACGGUCCUGCAGCGCGUGCUGGAUAACGCGGAUUCGCGUACCCCACGGCGACCCCGGAGUUCCGGGGCUGGUGCCCAGAGAGCCCUACUUAAAACAUCUUCCUCCAGGAGGCUGAGUAGCAGAACAAAGACAUCUGCCAAACAGCGUUCCCAUGGAGUCAGGUCUAUUGGCAGACUGGCCCACAUUCAAGUCAUUGGUAACCUAAAGGAACAGACACCCCGGACUCUGGUAGAGAACAUCCUAAUAACUGCCCCAAAAUCUUCCAUCCUCACACCAGAGGCCGUAGUGAAGCCAGUGCCAGCACUGCAGGUGGUCCAACCCUCCAGAAGGGAAAGCAGUCAGGGCAGCCUGGAGCUACAACUUCCUGAACUUGAGCCCCCCACAACCCUGGCUGCAGGUCUGCCAGCCUCUGACAGGAAGAAGCAGAGGUUGARAUUGUCAGUGUUUCAGCAGGAAGUAGACCAGGGCCUGCCUCACUUGCAAGAGCAUCCUGAAAAUGCUGAUGCCCCAUCCCUUACCAGCUCCUUCAACCUGACUUUUGCUACACCUCUUAAGCCACAGUCAGUGAGGAGACCUGGUUUGGCUCGCAGACCUCCCCGCCCCCGUGCUAUAGAUGUGGGUGCCUUGUUGCAGGAUCUGCAAGAUAAUUCCUUGGCCUUGGCUCCUCCAGACACUGUACUGGAAGACACCCAGCCAUUCUCACAGCCCUUGGUUGGCUGCUCCCCCAGUGUACAUCGCUCUCUGCCCAACCCCUUUCCUACUGGUACUGAAGAUGCUGAGAGGACUACGGGGGACAGGACACAGAGCAGUGGACCUGGGCUACAGAACCACAAAGUAAUGGAAGCAGAGGAAUCCCAGGAGACUAUGGAGGCAGAGGAGCCAGAAGGAUCUUCAGAGGAUGAGAACACCUCUGACAGGCCAGCAAGUCCACAAUUGGCAUCCAGCACACCCAGGUUCUUUCAGGCCAAGCGACUGCAUUCAAUUCUUGAGCCAGCCCCACCGCCUGAUGUUGCAGUCUUGUCUUCAGAGACUAGGGAGCCUGUGUCAGCCCGGCUUACCCCCAGACCCCGAACUGCUGGCUCCAGGCCCCGUCAAGAUUCCUACAAGGCUGGACUGAACCACUAUGCAAAACUCUUCAGCUUCUAUGCUAAGAUGCCCAUGGAGAGGAAGGCUUUUGAAAUGGUGGAGAAAUGCUUAAACAAGUAUUUCCAGCACCUUUGCAAUGACCUGGAGGUAUUUGCUGCUCAUGCUGGCCGAAAGACUGUGAGGCCAGAAGACCUGGAACUGUUGAUGCGACGGCAGGGCCUGAUCACUGACCAAGUCUCAUUGUAUGUGCUUGUGGAACGACACCUACCCCUGGAGUACCGGCAGCUGCUCAUCCCCUGUGCAUUCAGUGGGAAUUCUGUCUUCCCUGUGCAGUAG